GCGCUAAUUGUUUGUUUACAUUACUCAACUCUAAUGUUCUUGUUAAUUUUCUUUUUUAUUACGUAUUUGAGUUAGUUUCGCUUCAACCUGAAUUUAUCAUGUUCAAGUAGAUUUUUUCAAGUUUCAAUUCUCGUGAUGUAUACAGAAAAUCAUUACCAAAGCUCUGAGGAAAAAAAAUCUGGAAAUUCGACUAUAAUUAUUUUUAUAGUCAUCGCUCUUGUAAUUGUCUUGCUUUUAUAUAUGACUUGGAUAGCCGAAUGUUGUCAAGAAGAGUUUGAAUGCUGCCAAGAAAAAUAUGUUUAUUCUGAAAGUACAACAAACACAAGAUCACCAAUUGAUACUAAUAUGAGUGCAAUUUCAUCAUCAAACAUCACUGAUGUGGACACUCCAAACAAUGGAAUCCAUAAUACGUUUACGAAUAACCCGGAACCUCUCAUUUCAGUCACAACAACCGAAUCUAACUCAACAAAUCCUCUAAAUUCUCAUCAAUCUUCUACGCAACAUGAACAAAGUUUUAUCAUUUUUCACCAUCCACCGAUUUUAACAGAUCCCCCAUGUUAUGAUGAAGUUGGAGGAGAUCGACAAUCAAAUAAUCUACUUUGAAAUUGAAUUUUCUUAUCAAGUGCCAAAAAUGAUUUGAAUUUUACACAAACUGAAACAAUUCUACGUACAGAAAUACCAAAAAAAAAGCUUUAAUGAUAAAAAUUGAAUCUCAAAAAGAUCCAAGAAAAAUUAUUUAUUUGUUCGUUAAACUACUUAUCUUGUCAAUAAGAUUUUCUAUAAUAAAUUUUUUUGUUCGUUUUUGAAACUUAUUUAAAAUUUUUUAAUAAUAUUUUGGCAUCAAAUGUUCAUCAAGCUCACCAAUGUCAUGAAGUUUUGUGCAUGCCUUAAAAGCAGCAUUUUGCUUAGAGAGCUUUAUAUCAUCAAAUGGAUCACUUCGAAUGACACCAUGAAUUUUGGUUUUUGGUGGCAACUUUAAAAUUGCAAUAAUUCUUCCCGGUCCUUUGUCUUCUCUCGUCCACAUAAGGUUUGCGUUUCCAAAUCUCGACACAUAACGAUUUAAAAGAGCAACAGCGCUGAUAUUAUUCAAUAAUGCUCUUCGUUUCGUUAUUAAAGGCUCCCAAACUUCUCGUCUUUCAUUUUCAAUUCCAUCUUCGUCAAGUUCUCUGUCGCACGCUUUCAUCACUAACAUUUUCUUUAAACUUAGAUUGAUUUUCUCAUACACGUCACGUUUGAAAAGGAAGCUUUGUUUCUUUUGUGUUGGAAGC